CAGCAGAUGGCGCUGUUUUACAAGUGGCAAGAUUUCAAAGGUUAUUGUGGCUCCAAAAUGGAAUCCAACUCUGAGCCGGUCGGACAUCAAGUGAACUACCCAGUGGACCUACCUUGUCAGGAUUAUGAUGAAUUGUGCCGUGUCUCUGACUACCUGUCGAGUCUUGAGAGAGACACAAAGUCAUUUCGCCUUCCUAAUGGAACAGAGGUAAAAGUAACUUAUGACAAUAUAGGCCAGCUCAGGCUGUUUAGCGAGGAUGAUCCACCUCAUUCACUUCUCGCACUCCAUUUACUGGGAGAUGAAACCCAAGUGGUUGCCGUAUUCAUACAUCACAAGUGGUGGCCCAUCAGUGAUGUUUUGAAGACAUCCUCCAAAUCCAGAAAUGGACUUUUGUUUGUGGAGUCAGCGAUGGAGAGAGUUAUACUCUUCCUGCUAAGCCAGAUUGUGUUUGGAUUGUUGGAAAGGUCUCUGGAUGAACAAAUAUAUUUCUCAUCUCCUCCUGUGUCAGAAUAUGGCAAAAUCUUCUGGCAAGAUGGAGAAGCCGUUGGCUUUUACACUGUAAAAAAGAAAGGAAGCCUGUGCAAUAAAUACACUGGUCAGAGUUACCUCCUCCCUGUUCUGGACACUGUGUUUGUGCGCAGCCACUGGAGAAGAAAUGGACUGGCCAUGCAGAUGCUCCAGGAUUUCUGUGAUUCCAUGCCCACAGAAAAAGUGCUGGGUAUUAGUUACCCCGUAUCUUCCAGUAUGUAUGGAGUAUGCAAGAAAUACCUAGAGAUUCAUCAGGAACAAAGGGAGCGCCUCUAUGAAGUGGAGGCUCCUGGGAACUGGAGUCAGAGACGCAACAUGUGGUUGAGUAUACUAGUCCAGCACAGGCCAACACACAGUACGAUCUCAGAUGAAAAUUCACACAUCACACAAGCUUAUGACAACCAGCUCACAGACUCUAAAAUGAAGACAAGAAUACCACGACCAAGCAGGCGGAGAAGAUGUGUAGAGAAACUAACUGACCACGCUGGGACUUCACAGAAGUGUAAAAAAGCCAAGAUAGCCUAGAAAAUUCUGCUUUACUAAAUGUGUCUAGAUGUGAAAGGCUUAUGAACCAGCGGAAUUUUUGAGUUUGUUAUGCAUCAGUCUUAGUUGCAAUGCAACAUAAAACUAUUAAAUUUACUGCUUGAACAGUUUCCAUUACCAAUAAAUAACUUUAAAUUAAAAGCCUUUUAGGCAUUUAGUAUUCCUUAACUCUAGUGUUGUAACAAUUACUAUGGCUUUUGAGUAAAUCCCCUUUCUACAUUUUCUGUUAUUUUUCCACUUGCCAUAUAGGUCACCAGGAAAGAACAGACAGUAAUUGGUUUCCAAAGUACCAAGGGCAUUGGUGUAAGAACAACAAAUUUCUAAGUCCAACUCAAACAAACCCACAUCUGGGUUUAACUGCAGUAAUAUGAGCUGAAGAUCAUUGGCAAAUGCAAUAGGUUACAAAAUACCGAACAGCUAUCGAAUUCAAAAUAAAUGGUAACUGGAUUAUCUAGUUCUCAGCUACAACUUAUUGUAGCUGUUAUCUGUUACAGAAGUGUACAUUUGGAAAACUAAACUGAACAAAACAUCUAACUAGAGCCUAAGUUGAAGAAAGAAUAAACAUUUAACUUUUAUGUUCUCUACAUCUGGAAGUGUUUUCCUUUUAUGAAUAGAAUAAUUGUUCAACCCACACCCAUUUCUCCUAAGUAUUCACAAUAUUGUGUAUAAUAUUCCUGGCAAUUCAAUAUUGUAAAAAAAAAAAAAAAAAAUCCCUAAUGUUUUUAGAAAUUUUAAUUUAUGCUUGACACUUGAACUGAAAACAAUGGAUACUAUUGGUUAUUCACUACAUAUAAAGCACAUAUUGUUGGAGAGCCUCUUUUCUCUAGCUUGCUGUCAGGAAGUCUCAGUGAAUUUCUUUUUUUAAAUAAAUCUACUUAUUAUA